GGUCCAGAGACGCUGUAGAGGCGGCAGAGCGCUUCACGGUGGUGAAAGAGCAGCAGCAGUUGGAGAAUAAACGCAUCUGAGUGACUCUGAGGGACGACAGCCAGAUUUCCCUUGAUGCCGGAAAAUUGAGAGAGUUGAUAUGGACAAUAAAGCACUGGAGCCUGAUUCUGUGAGUAUCUCCAUGGAGGAGGCUGUCAUGUGUAACGGGGGUUGCCAGCCUUUAGCUCAGACUCACCUGCACCAGGAACCAUCCAGGCUUGCCCGCCUGAAGAAGGUUGAAAACGCUAUUAGUGAUCCACAGCGUUUCUCUCACCUACCCAAACGUUCAGCCGUGGACCUGGAGUUCAUCAACCUCUCUUACACCAUCCAAGAGGGAUCUUGCUGGAGGAGGAGAGGUUACAAAGCUUUAUUGAAGUGCCUUUCCGGGAGGUUCUGCACUAGAGAGCUGAUAGGAAUCAUGGGGCCCUCGGGGGCCGGGAAGUCCACUUUAAUGAACAUCUUAGCCGGAUACAGGGAAACAGGGAUGAAGGGUCAGAUCCUCGUAAAUGGGAAACCCAGGGACCUGAGGAUGUUCAGGAAAAUGUCCUGCUACAUCAUGCAGGAGGACUUACUCCUGCCACACCUCACUGCCAGAGAGGCCAUGAUGGUUUCUGCCAACUUAAAGCUGAAUGAAACAAUGGAUGUGAAAAAAGAAUUGGACCCAAAUGCAGGAGACACGCCAGGAGGCAGGAGUUCCAAAAAGGUGAAUGAGAUUCUGACAGCUUUAGGGCUUCUUGACUGUGCUCACACACGUACCAGCUCAUUAUCAGGUGGUCAGUGUAAACGCCUGGCCAUCGCUCUGGAACUGGUCAACAAUCCACCACUCAUGUUCUUCGACGAGCCCACCAGUGGUUUAGACAGCGUCUCGUGCUACCAGGUUGUGUCGCUGCUGCGCUCUCUGGCACUAGGAGGACGUACAAUCAUCUGCACCAUUCACCAACCAAGUGCCAAAUUGUUUGAGAUGUUUGACAAGCUUUACAUCCUCAGUCAGGGUCAAUGCAUCUACAAAGGUACAGUCCCUUACCUCAUACCCUACUUGAAGACUCUGGGCCUGUACUGUCCAACUUACCACAACCCUGCUGACUUCAUCAUUGAGGUGGCAUCAGGAGAAUAUGGAGACCUGAACCAUCUGCUGUUUGAGGCGGUCCAAGAAGGAAUGUGUGUGUUGGAAGAAAGGAAAAACCACUGUGACACCAACAGCACAUCCAUCUGUGCAACAAAGUGCUCCACGGAUUCUGGACAGAUAGAGAGUCACACCUUUGCCACAAAUACCCUUGUGCAGUUCUGUAUCCUCUUCAAGAGAACUUUCAUAACGAUAUGUCGAGAUCAGGUGUUGACCCACCUCAGAUUGAUGUCCCACAUCGCCAUAGGUGUGUUAAUAGGUUUGCUCUAUCUGAACAUUGGCAAUGAUGCCAGCAAGGUGUUUAACAACACUGGAUUUCUCUUCUUCUCUAUGCUCUUCCUCAUGUUUGGAGCACUUAUGCCAACUGUGUUAACCUUUCCUCUGGAGAUGAAUGUGUUCCUGAGGGAGCAUCUUAACUACUGGUACAGCCUGAAGGCCUACUACCUGGCCAAAACCGUGGCUGAUAUUCCAUUCCAGGUGAUCUGCCCCAUCAUGUACUGCAGCAUAGUGUACUGGAUGACAGAGCAGCCUCCUGAGGCCACCCGUUACCUCCUCUUCAUUGCGCUAUCCAUCUGUACCGCCUUGGUAGCGCAGUCGCUGGGCUUGCUGGUUGGUGCUGCUUCCACAUCACUCCAGGUUGCCACGUUUGUUGGACCUGUCACAGCUGUCCCGGUGCUACUUUUCUCUGGAUUCUUUGUCAACUUUGACACAAUCCCCAAAUAUCUGCAGUGGAGCUCCUAUGUGUCCUAUAUCAGGUAUGGCUUUGAAGGAGUCAUCCUGUCCAUCUAUGGGAUGAACCGCUCAGAGCUGGAAUGUCCAGGGAAGGUGUGCAAGUUCCAGCAGCCUGAAGAGGUUCUUCAGAUGUUGGAUGUGGAGGAUGCAAAGCUCUACAUAGAUUUCAUUGUCCUGGGUGUUUUCUUCAUCAUGCUUCGACUGGCCACUUACCUCACAUUACGCUAUAAAAUCAAGUCUGAGAGAUAGGUUUUCCUUCUCUUCUUAAGUUGCUCUUCCCUAUGCACAACAUGGGGUGUCACGUGGAAGUUGUCCCAUUUAAUUUAAGUCCUUGCUGCUAAUUGGAGAGAUCACAGUUUCAGAACUUGUUCUCCUGCCAGUGAGGAGUCAUCUCAUAAGUCAACCUACACUGUUUUACCUCAUCAAGACCAUGUCAGGGAUACUGAGCCACAAACACCAGCAAACCUGGGCGUUGUAUAUGAUACCAGUGUUUGGAGAGUAAGGCUGAUGUGAUCCAGGGUCAGGGCAUCUAUGUUUUACACUUUGUCAUUCUGUUGAUGUUAGAACAUUUGUCUUCAACACUACCCCAAUCUCUUGUCCUAAAACAUUUGUGUCCUGACAAGCAGUCAUAUCAUUUAUCAAUCACAUAGUUUUUUUUAGUAUAAUAUUCUUAGUAAAAUUAAGUCUUUUGUACCUCUAAAAUAGAAGCUAAGAUCUUUAAAAUCCUAGUUACAAAAAAUUAUUAAGCCUUAAUUGUUGUAUACUGUUAUUUGUAAAAACAUAAUGAAAACUGUCUGAUCUUUGUUGUUCUUUAUAAUAGGCCAAUACUGUGAUUAACAAUCACCAACAUAAUUUUUUAGUGUACUAUUAUUUAUUGAACAAAAAUGAAUAAUAAAAGAAAAUAAAUGUAGCCAAUAAUAAGUACCAUAAUCGACUAGUUUGUAGAUUAACUGUUAUGAUCAAAGACUUGUCUGACUUUAUCAGUCUCUUCCAUCGUUGUGAAUGAAUUUCUGUGCGUUCUUUUUUUACUUGGUUGUUUUAUUUCACUCAUACACAGCUUUCUUAAGAUAACACCAUUACAUCACAAUGCCCCGAUUGCUGUGGUUCACAGCGGGUAGGAAGUGUUUCUGCUGAAAUGCUGCGUUUGACUUUAGUAAAGACAAGGCUGAGUAUUGAGGCCAAGCAACUCUGCUUUCUAUCUGUCUAUAGGACAUUGAUCCAGAUUAUUUCUGGUUUGUUCGGAAGCAGUUUUGCGAACCUCAGUUAUAAAUCCAUCAUUUUGUUUUGUCUAUUUAUUCUCAAAAUAGACAAGGCUUUAUAGUGACACCCUUCCAAUAAUCUGCAUUCUUCACUCUUCUAAUCAUGCCAUUAUGGACAUGAACAUUUAUCCAGCUCAGUAAGGCCUUUACAGUUAAGUCUGAGAUGUAGCUCUUGCAGACUUUUCUGUAUUUCUUUGACCAUUAUGCAGUCUGACCUAGCAAUUUUUUGAGAUAUCCACUUACAGUAUAGGAAUAAUGGCAGCCAUCUUUAACGUUUUCCAUGACUCUUUUCAGAUGACAAUUGCUAAUGUCUUUCCCUUUUGGCGUUAUGUAAGCACACACCUAAAUGCUCCAGACAUGCAAGCUGCCAGAACUUUGGCUUUUAUAGGGGUCUGCACAUCUGCCAAUGAUCAAUUCGCCAAGAACUGACUAUUCGCAGCACCUGACUACAACUUAAAGCCUCUUAAAUCCUCUGGAAGCAGUAGGUUUGUACGUAGUAUUGCCCAUGUGACUUUUUCUUUUGGCUUCAUUGGUGCUGUCUGAAUUGUCAUGUUUACCAAAUAUUUUAAAAUGGAAUAAAACUUGUAUGCAUCCAGAAGUAUGUAUAUAUUUUAUAUACACUGUAAACUCAAAUGUGUUGUUUCAACUUAAAAUUAUGGAGGUAUAGGGAUGCCUUAAAAUUUUAAGCCAAGUGAAAAAGAAAUGCAGCUUGUUUCAACAUCACUUUGUUGUUUUGAAUAAAUCUUUUCGUUGUGUAAUUCUUA